AUGGUACUUAAAAUGAUUGUUCGAUAUCUGAUCAAUAAAUAUAUGAAAGAUUAUAUUGAAAAAUUAGAUGAUGAAAAAUUAAAACUUGAUCUUAAACAUGGAAAAGUUUCAUUAGAAAAUCUUCAUAUGAAACCUGAAGCAUUGAUUGGAUUUGGUGUUCCUGUAACAGUAGCUGCUGGUUUUAUUGAAAAACUUUCAAUAAUUAUUCCCUGGAAAAAUCUUCGUUCUCAUCGAACAAUAGUAAAUAUCGAUGGAUUCUAUAUGUUAAUUGUGCCUAAAAAUGAAAUAUAUCAAGAUUUACAUGAAUAUCAUGCUGAAAAAAUGAAACAAGUUCAACGUAAAUUGGAUACUCUUAGAAAAACGGCAUUAGACGAAAAAAAAUCAAAUGAAAAAGAUAAAAGUUUUUUUGAAAAAGUCAAACUUCAAAUGUUACAAAAUCUUGAAAUAAAUUUACGAAAUUUUCAUGUUAGUUAUGAAACAAAAUCAACCACUAAAUUAGGACAUCCAUUCUCGUUUGGAGUUACUAUUCAUUAUUUACAAUUGACUGAUGAUCUUAAAUCGAAAAUAGCUACAGAUGAUAAAAUUUUAAAAACCGCCGAAAUGAAUUACGUUUUACAUCCAACAAAUCUCAACCUUGAAUUAUCAGUUGCAAUAAAAUUUGCCGAACAAAACUUCGAAAGACCAACAUUUAAAAUAAAAUAUAAAAUAGCACAAAUGAGCUUUGAAAUCGAUCCAAAACAAUUAUCUGAUUUGCUUGAUUUUGUUAAAUUUCAAAAUUACAGUGUUUUCUAUGAUCGAUGUCGUGAGUAUCGUCAAUUGUGUCUAAAAGAUUUAAUUGGAAACAUUAAAUUAAUAAAAGAAGAGCAAGAACGCAUCGAAAUUCUCGAAUCAAAAUUAGAUGUUUUCACAAUGGCCUAUAUUCGACAUAGUUUGGAAUUAGAAGCUCAUUUAUAUUCAAAUACAUAUUCGCAUGAAGAUUAUAGUUGGUGGAACUGGUGGUGGAGUGAAAGAGCCAGCGUUAUUCAAGAUCAACAUAGUAUAACCACAACAAAUAUGAAUAAUGAAGAAGAAUUUUUCUCUGAAAAAUUAUUAAAUAUUGAUGCAGAAGUUAUAAUGAAUAGACUUGAAUUUACUCUAUUAUCACCAACAAGAAAAACUAAAUUAAAUGAGAAAAAUCAAAUAAUCAGUCAUAUUAUAAUUGACAAUACUAGAAUUGAUUAUAAACGACGAGCAAUUUCGUCGAGUAUCUUACUUGCCAUUGAUCUAGGAUAUUUUCGAAUAUUUGGUUUGAAAUUCAAUGAUCAUAAUCAACCAUUAAUAUUAGCGUCAACUUCAGACUCGUUAAAUUCAUUAGUACAUAUUGAAUUUGAAUUAGCUCCUAUUGAUAAAAAGUCUGAUUAUCGAUUUUCUUUAACAAUGGAACCAAUGGCGAUUAUUUAUGAUGCUGCAACAAUCAAUGAAAUAGUUGCACAGUUUGAACCAAUUGAUGAAAACGAUUGCGUUGUAUCUUCACAAAUAAAACAAAGAACAAUUAAAGAAAUAGAAAAGGAUUUAUCCAAUGAGAAAAUCUUUGAAAUGACUAUGCAAAUAAAAGGUUUAUCUCUUCUAUCGCCAGAAUAUGGUGUAUUUAAACAUAAUUGUAAAACAACAAUUACACGUUUCAGUUCUCUUAUUUUCAAAUCAUGCCUAAAUAAUGAUACGGAAGAUGAUGCUACUGUGUUUCAGCAAACAAAAAGGGAAAGAUCAUAUUACAAAAAAUACAAGUUACUAUUGAAUGAUUUUUCGUUUAUUUAUUCAGAAUCAAACAACGAACAAUGUUAUAUAAUAAAAGCGAUUCCAUUACUUGAAGCUAAUUUUUACAAAUGUAUCUAUUCUGAUGACGCUCAAUUAACAGAUUGGCGUAUGGGUGUUCAAAUUUCAAAAAUGACUGAAAUUGAAUUGUCAGAAACAAUUUUAACUAAAUUGAUUGAUCAUCAUCAGUCUAUUCCAUUGUUUAAUCCAACAAUGUCACAAACACUGAAUCGAAUGAAUCUCUUUCUCAAAAUAAUUUCAUCUCAUACAAGUAUUGAAUGUGACAUAUCGAUUAGAAAGUCUUCGUUGAUAAUUAAACAUUCAAAAACAUCGAUCGAAACAGAUCUUCAUUGUCAUAUAACAAAGACAAGAAAUGAAUGUAGUAGAUCAAUCAGAUUAAUCUUAAAAAAUGUAUCUAUGACACUACACUCAUCUUUGAUAUCAAUUCAAUUAUCUAGGUCAUUUUAUCAAAACAAUGUGAUUGCAUUAUUAUAUUCUAAUACCGACAACAAACUAUGA